AUGGCCUCACCUGUCCGCUGCAGAGGUGGGCAAGGGGAAAGCGAGGUCCGUUGGCCCCUCGGCUCUGAAAGGGUCCCUGUUCUGGUGGGCUCCUCAACAGAGUGCGGGGAGGAAGUGAUGCCCACCACAGAGGGGCACUGGGAGGAAGUGAUGCCCACCACAGAGGGGCAGUGGGAGGAAGUGAUACCCGCCACAGAGGGGCAGUGGGAGGAAGUGAUGCCCACCACAGAGGGGCACUGGGAGGAAGUGAUGCCCACCACAGAGGGGCACUGGGAAGAAGUGAUGCCCACCACAGAGGGGCACUGGGAGGAAGCUUGUGGGCAUCUCCCGCAAGUGCUCCCUGCAGACGGUACCCCCAAGACAGCCUGGGUCCCUGGUUCCAUGAGCUCUGCCAGCAGGUCUGUGGUAGGGGCAGGGGAGGGGGGCUUCUGUUGGAACACCUGUGAAUCACUCUUGGGGGCGUUUUCCUCCCUCACACCUGUUAAAUCAGCUGGUCGGGCCCCGUGA